AAUUUUGUGAUAUUAAAAUGGUUUUAUGAAUAUGUUAUAUGAGCUGGAUUAGUAACUAAUGUCCUGGAAACCACCUGGGAUCCUAAUAAUGAAAACAAACAAAUUCCUGUAGUCAGAACCGGGCCUCCAGAACCGGGCCUCCAGAACCGGGCCUCCAGAACCGGGCCUCCUCUGCGCUGCAGUGAAUCCUGAGUGUUUCUGGGAAGGCCGGCGUUCCUAACGGGAUAAAAACGGCAGCAGCUGACCGGCUGCCUUCAGACUACAUUUCCCAUGGGGCCGUGCUCAGUCCUGCUCUCUGCUGCAUCAUGGAGCCUCCAGUCAGGGUUUCGGACCUACAGAACCAGUGAGACCCAGCAGAACCUGAGGUGUUGAUUCUUCUGGAUCCAGUCGUCCCCCUCCCCAACCUACUGCUGCUGCCGGCGCGUCCUGCUGUGGACCGAUCAGAACCAGCAUCUCUGGAAGCGAAGCUGCUGCUGUGUGGUUCUGGACCCGGUUCUGUCUGCAGGAUGGCGGUUCUGACCCGUCUGCUUGCUGCUCUGCUGCUGGCUCUCAGAACCCACGCUGCAGGUCAGAACCCGGACCAUGUUCUGCUGGGGACCGGCGUGAACCCGGAGGCCCGGCGACCCGGAGAGGACUCCACCAUCGCCCCCGAGGAUCUGCCCCGCUUCCUCAGCUGCUACUGCUCCGGACACUGUCCUGAUGACGCCGUCAACAACACCUGCCGAACCAACGGUCAGUGCUUCGCCAUCAUCGAGGAAGACGAUAACGGGGAGAUCCUGCUCGCCUCCGGCUGCAUGAAGUACGAAGGCUCCCACUUCCAGUGCAAGGACUCCCCCAACGCUCUGCCCAGGAGGACCAUCGAGUGCUGCAACACAGACUUCUGCAACAAGGACCUGAGGCCCACGCUGCCGCCGCGGGUCUCCACCGGUACGUGGGCCGCCGGGCCGGGUUCUGCAGAACCCGACCCGCCUCUGACCCGCCUGUCUGUCUGUGCAGAGAGCAGCUCUCAUUGGCUGGCCUUCAUCAUCUCCAUGACGAUCUGCUGCUGCACCCUGAUCUGCCUCUCCAUCGUCUUCUACUACAGGUACAAGUGGCAGACGGAGCGGGAACGUUUCCCCAAAGACCUGGAGCAGGAAGUCUUCAUCCGAGGAGGAGAAUCCCUCAGAGACCUGAUCCAUCAGUCUCAGAGCUCCGGCAGCGGCUCAGGGCUCCCCCUGCUGGUCCAGCGGACCAUCGCCAAGCAGAUCCAGAUGGUGCGUCAGAUCGGGAAGGGCCGCUACGGCGAGGUGUGGCUCGGCCGCUGGAGGGGAGAGAAAGUGGCCGUCAAGGUGUUCUUCACCCGGGAGGAGGCCAGCUGGUUCAGGGAGACGGAGAUCUACCAGACGGUCCUGAUGAGGCACGAGAACAUCCUGGGCUUCAUCGCUGCGGACAUCAAGGGUUCUGGCUCCUUCACGCAGCUCUUCCUCAUCACCGACCACCAUGACAACGGCUCGCUGUACGACUUCCUGAAGGUCAACACGCUGGACGCCGCGGCGCUGCUGCGGCUCGCCUACUCCGCCGCCUGCGGCCUCUGCCACCUGCACACCGAGAUCUACGGCACGCAGGGCAAGCCGGCCAUCGCCCACCGGGACCUGAAGAGCAAGAACAUCCUGGUGAAGAAGAACGGCACCUGCUGCAUCGCCGACCUGGGCCUCGCCGUCAAGUUCAACAGCGACACCAGUGAGGUGGACAUCCCUCUGAGCACCCGGGUCGGAACCAGGCGCUACAUGGCGCCGGAGGUCCUGGACGACAGCCUCAACAAGAACCACUUCCAGGCCUACAUCAUGGCCGACAUGUACAGCUACGGCCUGGUCGUCUGGGAGAUGAGCCGCCGCUGCGUCACCGGAGGUAUGGUGGAGGACUACCAGCUGCCAUAUUUCAACAUGGUGACCUCUGAACCCUCCUAUGAGGACAUGCUGGAGGUGGUGUGUGUUAAAGGCCUUCGGCCCUCAGUGUCCAACCGCUGGAACAGCGACGAGUGCCUUCGAGCCAUGCUGAAGCUGAUGUCGGAGUGCUGGGCCCACAACCCCGCCUCCCGCCUCACCAUCCUCAGAGUGAAGAAGACUCUGGCCAAGAUGGUGGAGUCCCAGGACAUGAAGAUCUGAAGCAGAUGCUCGUCUUCCUCCUCCUUCCUCUGCUGCCUCCAGAUCCACCCGACUCACUCAACCUGGACCGGAUCCGACCGGACCGGACCGGAGCGCUUCUCCCAGGCUGCCUCCUUCAUCUGCAGGAGGAAGAGGAGGAGAAAUGGGGAGAUGGAAGGAGCUUCUCAGAGCUGGACUGUGUUCCUCCUCCUCUUCCUCCAGAUGACGGCCGGGCUCGACGCUUUCUGUGAAAGCCAAACGAGACGAUGGAACCUGAACUGAGACGCGGAGAGAAGAAUCCAGUUCAGACGUUCUUGUUUCUCUCCACCUCCCAGCUGCUUCUGAUCCUCUGAGGAAGUUCAUGCUUCACCUCAGAGCUCUGGAGUCCAGGUCUGCCGCCGUCCUGCUUCUCUGUCCACUUCCUUUCAGUUUCUCAGUCAGACUCAUGGGGGCGGGGCUUCUGGUGAAGCUCCGCCCAUCAUCUUAUCAACAGGAAGUGACAGGAGAACCAAUCAAAUCAAAGAAUCCUGCAGGUUUUCAUCACAACGUCAGAAUCAAAUCUGAAAGUUUGAAGCGAGUUGAACUUCAGAGGAACCAUCUGAUGGAUGCAUGUUGGAUUUGUGAUGUGGUCACAUGACCUGCGUCCUCUGUGGGUCCUCCAGCCUGCAGUUUGACCACCACAGACCCUGGAGCUCUAAGGAGACCAUCAGGAAUGUUGGACCCGUCGGCCCGGUUCUGCUCCAAAUUUCUAAACACUCCAGAAGGUUCUGGUCCCUGAACAGAAACCUGUUUCUGCAGCUCUGCUAACAGUUUCCCUCCACUUCCAGUCUUUGUGCUAAGCUACGCUAACAGCUCCCUGAAGCUGAGAAUGUGGGACUGUCCCUUUAAGUGGAGCAGCAGGACGCUGCAGCUCUGUAAAAAUAAAAUACCAGAAUAGGAAGAAGCUCUCAUGUGGAAAUGUUUCUGUUGUUGUUUGUUGCUGCAUGAGUUUAGCAGGAAUGAAAAACUUCAGUCAGCAGUUUGGAAGUAAAGAAGCUGAUUUUAGUCCACAAACUGCUGAUGUCGGCUCUUCUUUCAUCCUCAGUGUUUUCAACGUGUAUCUGAAGAUAAAACUCAUUUCAAGACCCCAGAAAGGAGAUGGAAACGUUUUACUGUAAAAGUAUGUUGUGAUAUAAAGUCUGUUGUUCUGAAGGUUUUAAUGAAAUAUUAACAUUUCAACAGAAACUAAACAGAAUGAAAUUAAGAUACAUGUUUAUUAAAUCUGCACCAGAAACUGGA